GCCAGAAUUCUAAAAUCAGUCCCACUGAGUCAAGGUGGGAGCAGGGUCAGUGCCUUCCCAGGCUCUGCGGGAGAAUCUGUUUCCUCGCCCUGGAGGCGGCCUGUACUCCUUAGCUUGUGCUGCCCUUCUGGAAUGACUCGAGUUUCCUGCUUUCAUCACUACACCUCCCACCGCUCUCCAUCACCUGCUGUGCUCUUACAAGGAUCCAGAGAAAUGGAAUAAUUGUAUUGCUGAUCUACGUAAACAAGUUGAAGAAUUGUCUGAAAGAAAAUAUGGUGUGUCUAAACUGGAAAAGUCCUGUGAUAGUUUGUUCAUGAGCAUUUACACAAUGGAGUUACUGUUCAUCAUGGGGGUACUGUGGACAAGCCCAGGGCUGCUGUUUCACUCUUGUUGCCCAGGCUGGAGUGCAACGGCACGAUCUUGGCUCACCGCAACCUCCGCCUCCCAGGUUCAAGCGAUUCUCCUGCCUCAGCCUCCCGAGUAGCUGGAAUUACAAGCAUGUGCCACCACACCCGGCUAAUGUUUUUGUAUUUUUAGUAGAGACGGGGUUUCACCAUGUUAGCCAGAAUGGUCUCGAUCUCCUGACUUCGUGAUCCGUCCGCCUCAGCCUCCCAAAGUGCUGGGAUUACAGGCGUGAACCACCACGUCCGGCUGGUGUUUAUGUUAAUAUACUCGAAGCGAACAUUUUUUCUUCAUCAUGAGUAAUAUAACAUACCCCUCAAUGAAAGUCUAGAAUUAGAGUAAAUUUGCUAAUGAAUUAAUAACUUUUCCAUAAUAUUUUUAGUUAUGUGCUUAAGGUUCUUUCAGUGUUUCUCCUACUUUUUAAUAGCUUAUGCCUUUUUUUGCCUUUUUUAUUGGUUCAUUUUAAAGCAAAAACCUCAUAACGUGCGAUUUGGAAGCACUGUAACCUAGUGGUGAGAUCAUAGGCUCUGGGGACACAGCCUGGCCACGUCUCUUCUCCUUUCUGAGCCUUAGUAUCCUCUUUUGUGUUCAUGAGAACUGAAUAUCUAUCCCGAAGAUGUGAUAAGAUAGUAAAGUGUUUCACAUAAUACCGGGCAUAUAAAUACAUGGUAAAUGCUUCCUUCUUACGAUUUAUUGGUUGGUUGAUUGAUUGAUUGAGACAGAAUCUCACUCUGUCACCCAGGCUGGAGUGCAGUGGCACUAUCUCGGCUCACUACAACCUCUGCCUCCCUGGUUCAAGAAAUUCUGCUGCCUCAGCCUCCCAAGUAGCUGGGAUUACAGGUGUGCAUCACCACGCCCAGCUAAUACCAGCUAAUUUUUGUAUUUUUGGUAGAGACAGAGUUUUGCCAUGUAGGCCAGGUUGGCCUUGAACUCCUGACCUCAGGUGAUCCACCUGCCUCCCAAAGUGGGAUUACAAGCAUGAGCCACCACACCUGGCCCAUGUUUUUUUUUUUAUUUUUUGGAAGAUUUUUUAAUUUCAUGAAUAAUGGUAAUGAUUUUUUUAAAAUUAUUUAAGUUUUAGGGUACUAUGUUUUUAUUAUAUUGUUAAUUUAGUACUAUUCUGAGUAAAAAUAAUUUGCUAUUACAGUUUUAUAAAUUGACAAUUUUAUAAAUGUCAAUGCUUUUUAUAAGGUGAAACAUUAAUGUUGUGGGGCUUUUGUUAUGAUGGUGAUUUAUUAGAUUAUUUUGUUUAAAGACAACGUUCAGCUGUUGUGAAAUUACAAAAACAAUCUUCACAUUUCAUAAUUUUAAAGCAAUAUUAAUGGUAAUUACCUUAGAGAAAGAUAGUUUUGUUGUGAUAUAUAGGUAUGAUACUGAAGUUUAAUGUACAGCAAAGGAUAUUAAACCUAAGUCAGCACUAAUGUGUUAUAUGGUACACUUGAAACUUUAGUACAGAUAUCAAUGUUUAGCAAAUAGACAUUAACACAUAAUGAUAGCAAAAAAAUGGAGCUGUUCUGAUGGGAGACCGUUGAUUAUGUUUGAUUUUAAUACUUCCCAUGCUCUUGACUUUUUUUUUUUCUUUGAGAGAGAGUCUUGCUCUGUCACCCAGGCUGGAGUGCAGUGGCACCGUCUUAGCUCACUGCAGCCUCCACCUCUCAGGUUCAAGCGAUCCUCUCGACUCAGCCUCCCUAGUAGCUGGAACUACAGGCGAGUGCCACCUCGCCCGGCUGAUUUUUGUAUUUUUAGUUAGAUACGGGGUUUCACCAUGUUGGCCAGGCUGCUCUCGAACUCCUGACCUCAGGUGAUCAACCUGCCUCGGCCUCUCAAAGUGCUGGGGUUACAGGCGUGAGCCACCACACCUGGUCAGCUCUUGACUCUUUAUAGCUGUUGUAUUAUUUUAAUCUUGAGUAAAUAAAUGCUCGCUGAAAUGUUGCAGUUCACGAGAAUCUUCUUCUGUUAUUUAAAAAAUUAUUUGUAAAAGUCCAAUUAGGUUACACUAAUGUUUAUGUUUUGAAAAUAUUGCCUCUUCUGUGUAGUACUAAAUGUAUUAAAUAAAAUUAGGCGGUGAUUUUUUUUGGCUUUAUAAUGUGGUUCAGAUUUUUGUAGAAAGUCUGGCUGUGUCUACAUUGCCUUAAAGCAAUGGGAUAUUUCUCUUUUUUUUUUUUUUUUGAGCUAGAGUUUCGCUCUUGUUGCCCAUGGUGGAGUGCAGUGGUGUGAUCUCGGCUCAAUGAACAUGUGCCUACCAGGUUCAAGCAAUUCUCCUAGCUCAGCCUCCUGAGUAGCUGGGAUUACAGGCACACACCACCACGCCUGCCUAACUUUUGUAUUUUUAGUGGAGUUGGGGUUUCACCAUGUUGGCCAGGCGGGUCUCGAACUCCUGACCUCAGGUGAUCCUCCCGCUUCAGCCUCCCAAAGUGCUGGGAUUACAGGCAUGAACCACCUCGCCCCGCCAGGAAUGUUUUUUAAGAAGGCUAUCUACUUACGGAGUUCCUGGCCUUGAGAGGAUAUUACUUGCAAAGGAAAGGAUUCAUUUUGUGAUUAAAAAACAUAAUCUUAUGAAUUCAACACAUGAAGAUUUACAACUUGAUAAACCAGCUUCAGGAGAUCAGAACUUCUUACAAUACAACUGAUGUUACUCAGCCUAGAACAAAUACAACAGGGAUUGUGCUGCAUUCUGACUUAGGUUCUGCCAUCGAACACAGAAUGCCCUGAGCCUUAGAGGCAGAGGCAGCUCUUCAGCCUAUGGGCAGGAAGAAGAUGAGCCUUAAGUCUGAACACUGAGGAAUUCAUGUGCAUCAGUCAGACCUCCUGUGCAAGAAAGGAUGUGGUUACUACGGCAACCCUGCCUGGCAGGGUUUCUGCUCCAAGUGCUGGAGGGAAGAGUACCACAAAGCCAGGCAGAAGGAGAUUCAGGAGGACUGGGAGCUGGCGGAGCGACUCCAGCGGGAGGAAGAGGCCUUUGCCAGCAGUCAGAGCAGCCAAGGGGCCCAAUCCCUCACAUUCUCCAAGUUUGAAGAAAAGAAAACCAACGAGAAGACCCACAAGGUUACUACAGUGAAGAAAUCUUCAGUGUGUCUUCCAGGGUCGGAUCAAAGAAGGCAGAAAUUCAGGAAGCAAAAGCCAGUCCUUCCAUAAACCGGCGAACCAGCAUUGAAACGGAUAGAGUGUCUAAGGAGUUCAUAGAAUUUCUCAAGACCUUCCACAAGACAGGCCAAGAAAUCUAUAAACAGACCAAGCUGUUUUUGGAGGGGAUGCAUUACAAAAGGUGCCUCCAGAAAGGGUUGAGAAGAUAAUGGAUCAGAUUGAAAAGUACAUCAUGACUCAUCUCUGUAAAUAUGUGUUCUGUCCAGAACCCCAGUGAGCCUGGAAGACUGGGUGCUAUGGGAAAUGUCAUCAAUCCAAUGCUAGUGAAAGAUGUGACUGGGGAAUGCUGAAAAAUGCGCACCCCUGGGAGGAAUGAGGAAAGAUGACAUCCACUGACUCGUUAUUUUUUUGAGAAGGAGUCUUGCUCUGUUGCCCUGGCUGGAGUGUGGUGGCAUGAUCUCGGCUCACUGAUGAUGAGAAGAAAGAUCUUGCCAUUCAAAAGAGGAUCAGAGUGGAAGCUUCUCUGUGGUGUCAGAAAGACGAGGAAUGUGGUGACCUCACCUAUCCAUCUCCCUCAAGGCAGCUUUUGACCUGAACUGGUUAUUUCCUACUUGCCUCCUGGAGUUGCUAAUAAAAUAAACACUAAAGCUUCGCAGUUUCUAAAAAGACCAUGAAGCCCUGAGAGUAAUGAAAAGGUUCCUGAAAUUGAGGUCACUGUGGAAGGAGAAUCUAAUGCCUGAUGAUCUGUCACUAUCUCCCAUCACCCCCAGAUGGGACCAUCUAGUUGCAGGAAAAGAAGGUCAAGACUCCCAGUCAUUCUACAUUAUGCCUCAGCCAAGAUGUCUCACCCCACUCUCUCUGAUGCAACAAGAAGCCCCUGGAGAACGUUUCAGUCCCAUUUUGUACUUCUGUCAUGUGCUCAUCACAGUCUGGUGGAAUUUAAAUGACCUCUUAUCAAGAUGGAUAAACCCAAGUUUCCCAGUGCUGGAAUAUAGAAAAUGGAUGGACAAGGUCUUGCUCUAUUGUCCAGGCUGGAAUGUGGUAGUGCUAUCACAGCUGACUGCAUCCUCGACCUCUCAGGCUCAAGCAGUCCUCCCACCUCAGCCUCCCAGGUGGCUGAGACUGUAUGUGCUUUGCCACAAUGCCCAACUAAUAUUUGGACUUUUCCUAUACAUGGGUUCCAAAGGGCUGACUGCGAAAUCUAUAAAACAAGCACCAUCCACCUUCGUGAACACGAGGACAAUGCGACAAGCACCUGGACGCCAGGCACUCAAUCAUCAGGAACACUUCACCGUAUUCUCCCCAACAAAGCCUGUUUCUGGGUUCUUGUCUCUCCCCGCAAGUUGGUAAAGGACUGAAAACAUUGUCACAGUCACCUGAAUCAGGUGUCACUAAGUAGGUAAAUGUCUGACAUUGGCAAAAACAGGCGUCUCUGCCACCGUCUCACCUGCAGAAACUGAGCACAGUUUGUGUGGCAACAGCCUCAGUCCUCACCUCAACUCAAUUCCCUCCUACUGCUUCCCCUGGCUCAAGGGCCUAUGAGAACCGGGUGCGUCUCACCUGCAGGCCCUGCCAUUCCAUACACCUGCACCGACAUGGGGACAGAACUACACCGUCAAGUGCCUGUCUCUCACCAAGGCCUGGGGCCAUAGCUGAAGGAUCUUUCUGUAUUGGAGCAUCUCUGAGAAAGGUCCUGGGGUGGCCCAGUGAGCCAUAUUACUUUCUGGCCACGUGAUGAAGGCAACCACACAUCUGCCUCAUUUCUGCCCACAGGUGAGAAAUGGAAACUUGGCUUGAGGGGGUAUGAGUAAGACCUAAGGGUUUCUGUUUGCUGAAGACUCAGGCUGUCUGGAUGGGGCACACUCUGGAAGAGGAAUUGGGCCUGGCCGCCCCCCGCAGUCAUAACAAGAUGAACAAGGAGUGACAGGGAGGUGUUCAGGCAGGGUAGGGAGGCCUCCCUGGGCUGCCUGGAGAUGGAGUGUCUUAUCAGUCAAUACUCCUGCAGCUGCUGGGCACCUGCUGUCAAACUGCAGGGAAGGAGACCCACUUGCUGGGAGGUUCACCCUUCACAGUCUGUGAUCCUCCCAGCUCUUUUUUCUCGGGUGUGCGUCCACCCUUGAAAACAACAGCACUCGCCAGGCAGGCCCAUGAGCUUACUGCAUAAAGGGCCGGGGAGAGCUCCUGAGGUUUAAGCAAAGGGAACGCCCCCUUAUUCCACAGUCAGAAGGACCCACGCCUGGAUACAUACCCCA